AUGGGAUUCUCUCGCGCGCGACCACCGCCCGAUAUCGCCCACGCGCGCUCUCCCGCGGACGCGGUGGCGUCCACGAGUGAUCCAUCGUACGAGGGCGACGGGCGCGUGGGCGAGAGCACGAUCGUGGGCGCGGGUCUGGGCGUGUUCGCGACGCGGCGUUUACCGCGCGGCUCGACGGCGCGCGGCGUCACGUACGGUGGUGACGUCAUGACGCUCUUAGAGGCGGUAGCGAUGCCGAAAAAGGACAAAGCGUACGUGAUGGCGUUACAUUUGAACGUGCACGUGGACGCGAGACGGCACUACGGGUACGUCGGGCGAUACGUAAACGACUCGGCGGGAACCGCGAAUGCGCUAAACGCCGAGUUCGUGAAGGACGCGGCGAAUCGACGGGCGACGCUUCGGACGGUGCGAGACGUAGAGGCGGGAGAAGAGUUCUUCGCGGCGUACGGGAAGGGGUAUUGGGAGCGCGAGCGCGCGAUCGAGGGGGACGGGGUGGCGACGGUUGAGCGAAGUGAUGACGGUUAA